AUGACCCGUGUCUUGGCUACUUCGUUGGCCAUCGCGGUCGCCUUUGUCUCCCUCGCCGAUGCCGCCUCCAACAACUUCUGGCGUCUGCCAUGCAUGAGCCGCUCUGGCGCUGCUCGCAUGGAUCCUCUCAUGGCUCCCGGCAAGACGAGCGACCAUCUGCACACCAUCUUUGGCUCUGGAGGCUUCUCCGAAAGCGUCACGCAGGCCGACCUGCUGGACUCUGACUGCACCUCGUGCGAGGUCACACAGGACAGAUCCGCCUACUGGACUCCGCCGCUCAUGUUCAAAUACCCCAACGGCUCGACCGUCAUGGUCAACCAGGACGGCGGCAUGUUGGCCUAUUACUUUGUUUAUGGCGAGGACCCCAAGCCUUUCCCCGAGGGCUUCCGCAUGAUGGCCGGCAACCAGUUUCUGCGCAACUUUACUGGCCCUGUGCCCGACCCUGCUAAAUCAGACUGGACUGCUGAUGAGCAGACCCAGUUCUCGCUGUCGCAAAAGGCCCUUGGCUUCAACUGUUUGCACUACAAUACCACCGACGAGGGCUCGCUGCAGCGCCAUUACCUGCCUGAAAAAUCCUUCCUGGACGAAAACUGCUGGGACGGUCUCCGCCUGGAGCUCAUGUUUCCGUCGUGCUGGAAUGGCAAGGAUGUGGACAGCACUGAUCACAAGUCGCACAUGGCCUACCCCAAUCUCGUCAAUGACGGUACUUGCCCGGAUGGAUUUGAAACUCGCCUGGUCAGUCUCUUUUUUGAAACAAAAUACGACACCCAGGAUUUCGCCGGCGUCGACGGCGAGUUUAUCUUUUCGAUGGGAGACCCUACGGGCUACGGAUACCACGGCGAUUUCAUCCAGGGCUGGCAAACUGGUUUCCUCGAACAGGCCAUGUCUGGAUGCACCAAUCCUUCUGGCCAGGUACAAGACUGCCCGUUGUUUAACACGCAAAGCAAUGAAGAAGCUGCGUCCUGCCAAUUCCCUGUCCCGUCGGCCCUCAAAGAGGAAAACCCGCUUUUCAAUCUGCACGGUUUGCUUGGUGAUGUGCCCAUUCAACUCGGCCCUGCGCAGGCGACGCUUUACGGAGAGGCAGCCUCGGCGCUGGCGACUGGUCUGGGUAUCAUCGCUACAUCGGUUGCCGACGCCGUCUCGUCUAUCCUGCCAGCUGCGCCUAACCCACCUGUUGAGGCUCACCCAACAACUACAGCCCCGCCAGUAGUCUCUGCCAAACAAAACGCCAAUGUCGCUCAGGCCGCGCCGACCACGACCACGACAUCUGCGCCGCCUCCGCCUCCUCCCGCUCCUACUACUAUCAUCACCACAACCUCCCCGGUCCAGCCUGUUCCCACCACAAUCGAGAAAGCCGUCGAGUUCGACAUCGUCUAUAUCGACCAAGAGGUGGUUGUCCAGCUGGGCGACAAUGGCGUCCCGCUCACCACUCUUGCACCCGUCGACCGUACUGUCAGCACGCUGACAACCUCAUCCACGACGACUAUCACCGAGCUGGUCACCCCUACCGCGGCUGCAGCGAAGCGAGACCAGCUGCCAGGACACAUCCGCCCUCCUUUCCAUCGCCAUAGUCACCAUCGCCGUCACGGUGCGCGACACUAG